AUGUCAGAGUCCACGCCUGUUUCCACUGUGAAGCAUUUGCGCGCUAGAUUCGAAGGAAAUGGUAGUCCUGCUUCAGCGUCUUCAGAAGACGCAGAGACAGAAAAACCACUUUCGAACAAGCCGGAACGGAAGCCUAAACCAGGUCAUCUUUCGAGUGGUUCUUCGCUCGCGAACGCCCCUGAAGUGAUCCCAUCUGUAUCGGAGCCGACUACAAUACGCAUAGAUGACGGCCUAGUUGCAUCAGAGCAUAUUGAAAAUAAUCCUGUGGAUUUAACUGCACAUAAAGCUGAUUCUACAGAAAGCACGGAUGAUCCGAGACUCCUGAGCCAAGGGUGCGAAGCUACCGCUAAUAAUACAAGUAUCGGUGAGGAGCUCCCCACAGAUACUACUCCAGCACCUCGGAAGAGUGAAGACAAUCUUAUUACAAAUGUGAAUGAAGUACAAGAAGUUACAUCCGAGUUAUCGGUAUCGACUCCAGACGCUUCUCUCGUGACAGUUGCGACGUCUCCGACGAAGAGCGACCCUCCGCCGGCAAUGGUGUCGGAACCUAUGUCACCGGCCAAGUCCAUUGAUACUGGUAAACCAACACCUGUCACGAAUGCUGCAAUUCGCUCACAGGUUCUUUCAAACACGUCAGCGCCAGGACCCAAACCCGAACUUCCCCCCAGGCCCGUGCCUAAUGUUCCGUACAAAGUGCGUGAACGUCCAAAAGCCCAAGGAACUGCAGGUAGGCCUGCUGUCCCCCCACGCACGUAUAGCAAACAAGCAACGACAGUAUAUGGUACACCUACGGGCUCAGCCUCAAAGCCUGCCUCCAGCAGCAGCUCCAGCAAUGCGUCUCAAGUCCCAGCUCGUUACGACCAAUGCUUCGAUAUCGUAUCUACAGACUCUGCGCCACCGAUCGUACAAUGUGGCACCGUGUAUGAAGUAUGGAUGCGCAGUGGUUUAUCAGUGGAUGAACUUGCCGUUAUAUGGCGCUCUGUCGCUGGCGAUGAUCCCAACAAGCAGGGUCUAUUGCGUGCCCAGUUCACCACGGGCCUUCGUCUAAUCGAUGCAGAGUUACGCAGACAGUACAUUCUUCGCGGCACCGCAUCAACCGAUCAAUUCAGCAGUGUGCCAGCACUACCAGCUCGCCCUGCCGUAUAG